CGCAGCAGAUUCCCAUAAUUGUCGCCUUUCAUUAAUCUGCUACUAAUCAUUUGGACGAUUACCAUACAGAUCCAUUAUUAUAUUAUUUCUUCUACUGAUGAUUAUACUUUUGAGCCACAAUUGUCUCACUUAUCAAGGUGUGAACUAAUUGUUGAAAAAGAUGGAAAACGGUCAAAGCGCUGAAAGUAUAAUUGCAAAUUUGAUGGGUUUUGAUGAUAAAUCGUCACGAUAUCAGGCUGUUUCUGGACAACAAAAAGUGUUUUCUGAUAGAUAUCUACAGAAACAUGGUUGUAUAGGGAAGAAUAAGAGAAAAAACUCUCAAAAUCAUCUCCUGAGAUCCAAGAAAAAGGCGAAUUUGAGAACAAGUGGUUCAGAUAAUGAUAUUUUAUCGAGUGACGUUAUGCAGGGUACGAAGUCACCUAUUGUUGGCAAUUCUGUGAACAAUGGACAACAUUUGAAAUCUCGUACAAUGAUAAGACCAAAUUUAACGAAUGUAGAGUGUGCUUCUGGACCUUCCUUUCUGAUUGAUUCUCGCACUGUUUUCGGCUGGGAAGUCAAGAAACGACUAUUGGAGAGUCUCAAAAUGACCAAAGUUUCUCAACCAGAAUUCAGAAGUUUGAUUGGUAUUAAAGAAGGUCAGAAAAAUGAAUAUGUCAUCAAGUUACCAGUAUUCAAACCUUUGAAUUUUUCUUCCAAAUCGAACACUACAAAAUCUGUGAGAAUGACUAGAACUGAUGCGAAGACAAGUUUCGGGAAAUUGGUGAAUAAUUCAAAAGCAAAUUCAGGAAUAAAAAGUGCUGAAUCUUUUCAUAUUACCGAAAAAAAAUGUAACUGCUCUGCAAAAGAAGAAUGCUCUUCCCAUGUUUCGGAUCUGUCGUCUGAACAGGAUUCACUGGUUGUAUCUCAUGGAUACGGCUUAGUGUAUUCAGAUUUCUUACAACAUGAUGAAGAACACCCUGAUGGUAAAGGUGAAAUAUAUCAGCGUACUCCAAUUUCAGUUCUAGAACCUCCAUUUAGGGAAGAUAAUUCAUCAAGCUCUGAGUAUGGUGGAAGUACGGAAGCUGAUCUCCAUGGUUUGUCGAUGCAACUUCAGCUUCUUAAGUCAGAAUCAGAGGAAAAUGACAUCAACCCUGAAAUGGUUACAUCGAGUGAUGAUGAAAAAUCUUGUACAGAUGAAAUUAUACAAUUAAUGAUACCCUUUGGUACCAAAGAAAGUCGGGAUUAUUCGUACCUGGUAGAUGUACUAGAUGAAUCAGGUUUCCAAGAUGGCAACAGGGAGAUAAACCUUGAAAGAUGGCAUUCUUCAGAAUUCAUGGCGAGCCCCUUGGUAUUUGAAAUGUUAGAGAAGAAAUAUGGGAAGCAAGAGUUAUGGCAUAAGGCUGAGAGGAGGCUUCUAUUUGAUCGUAUAAAUGCAGGCAUGACAUAUAUUGUUAGACCACAUGUAGACAUUCGUGCUUCCUCCAAGCCUUUAAGAAGAAAGAUGGCAAAUAUUUUGAGGAGAGAUGUCAUCGAGGAAGAACUUUUGACUGUUUUAGUUAGUCAAGAAAAGGGAGUCAAUGAUGGGUUGUCUGAGAAGGCCGUGGGAAGAGGACCCUGGUUUGACCCUGUCGAAGAACUGGAUUCUCUUGUGAGGGAGAUCGAAAUCUUUUUGUUUGAUCAGCUAGCAGCAGAGUUAGUCUCAGCUUGAAGUGUCCGUGUUUUAGAGGUGGCAAAGUGGGCUGGUUGAGUAAUGGGUCAAAUGGGUCCAGGGUAAAGAAAUAUAAGAUUUUUUAUUACGGGCCAUACAUGUUGGGUUGGGUUACCCUUCAACACUUAUUUUUUUCUUCGUUUUCUCAUCUUUAGAAAUUUCUAUAAAUUAAAUUGAUUAUAAAGUGAAAGUAAUAAUUCAAAUUUUUGUAAGGAGGUUUAAGCAUUCAAAACAUUCAUUUGAUGGCUUUCAAGCUAGUCGACCCAUUAGACCUGUUUCCAUUUUUUUCAAGCUUUAAAACGUCACUGGUUUGACCCGUAGUUUGUAUUCGCCCAUUUUUGUCAAAUGGGAUAAAGUUGUCAUAUGUACUGCAUUUGUAUGUUCUUUUGGUUUGAUGAAGAU